CCAAUUCCGUAUCCACUUUACUUCAUAUCAGUGGUUUCAGCAGUUGUCUACUUUUGUUUGGUUAAGAGUUACGAUCUAUAAAACGUGGGAAAUUUUAACGAAGCUGAAUAUAAUCGUAUAGAAUCCAAAAGUUCCCAAGCCUUUUUGGAAAAUCGGCAAGAGUUGGAGUGCUAAGAUUCGUACGUUGACGAAGGACAUACUCCAUAUGGAAGAUAUAUAUAUAUCUAUUGGAUGACACAGAGCAGAAUUGUUUCAAAACAAUGUCUAAUAUAAUACAUUCAGAUGCAGUGUGUUCUCAUGAAAAAGCUACCGUUUGUACAUCACAGCAUACAUCGUAUUGUGCACUACAAAAUGACUCUGGUGCGAGAAUUGGAAAACAUUUGAUCAAAUGCGUAACCAAUAUUGGUCCAAAUUUGCAAGAUCAAAGCAAAUAUAUUUCUACGCAAUCUCUUCUGGAGUCUAGGAAUGUAUAUAUAAAUCCAAAUUUUAAGCCUAAAUGUUCUACAAUCCAUUUUAAUCCAAAAAUGCAGGUAAAACCAUCAGUGUAUUUAAAUCCAAAAUUAAUGAAAAACAUCGUACUUCCAUGUAAACCUGAAGAAAAUGUUAAAAUAGCAGAGAGUAAACAAAGCACCAAACAAUCAAGUGAAGCUAUAAAAAUUAAAAAAUCAGUAUACGUAAAUCCUGUGCUGAUGAGGAAAUUAUCUUCUGCCACAUCUAUAUCUUCCAAGCAAUGUAGUUUACCUUUAAAUAAAGGAACUACUGGCGAAAGUAAUUAUGUCAUACGAUCUAAAACGAAACUCAUUCGAAAUUCACUUAAUGUAACUCCAAGAAAGACUGUGGGCACAAACUUUAUUUCGUUAUCGCAAAGGAAAAUUAUUCGCGUGAAACAUAACAAACGUACAUCUAAUGUGUCACCUUUGAAUCCCAAGAAAAACCGAUUGCAGACAUGUACCAAUCCAUGGAAAAUAAAGGUUUCGUCGCGAUAUAAGCUUAUCAAGGACACAACAAAUAAAUUAAGUACUCAUCUUGACACAAUCAGAUCUGUCCAAGUGAAUAAGUAUAAGAUUGAUAGAACCAAUGUUCAGAAAAAGAAAUAUAUCAGGAAUGAUUCAGUGGUAGUAAGAAAAACAAUUAACAAAGUCAAACAAAAAAGUAUACAAAUUUUACGAAAUAAGAUGCAAAAGAAUAAUCUACCUUGUCUAUUGUUUCAAAGAUUUGGAUACUGUGCAAAUCAGGCGAAAGGCACAUGUCCAAAGCUUCACGACAAAAAACAAGUAGCAUUAUGUCAAAAAUUUUUGCAAGGAAAAUGUCUUUUAGACAAUUGCCCAUUAUCGCAUAACAUUGGUCCAGAGAAGAUGCCCACUUGUAAAUAUUUCUUAGAGGGUUGUUGCAAUCGUGAAGCUUGUCCCUACCUUCAUGUUAAAGUUUCUAAAGAUACACCUAUAUGCACGGAGUUCCUAAGAGGGUACUGUGCCGAGGCAAGUAAGUGCAAACGUCGGCAUGUGUACGUAUGUCCAGAAUUUGAUAAAACAGGAAUGUGCGCAAAAGGUAAGAAGUGUCCGUAUCCUCAUAAAUCAGCUAUUCCAGCUAAAAAGCAACCAAGUAAGUUAUUUAAAAGGAACCGUAGUAUAUCUAAGGUUGAACUUACAAAACAAUCAGUUCCUGACAAAGCUCUACAAUCCCCAGAAAAUAGGAAGCGAUAUUAUGAUGAGACUGAUAGUCCGCAACAAUGUAUUGAUAAUAAAAGACAAAGCAUUAUGAAAAAAAUUGAAAUCAUGAAAAAUGUACAAAAUAGUAAGAUAAGCGGCUCGGAAUCAGAAGAAAAAAAUGAUGAUGUUCAAAUGGAUUGUAGCAAUAUUAUUGAAGACAAAAUGAACAUAUGUGAUUGUCCCAGAAAGGUCCCCUUAGGACCAUUACCUUCAUAUAUCCCUAUUAAUUAAUUUUAAAGAAACUUAUUUUUCAAAUGUGUAUGAUUUAAUUAUGUGGCUAGGUUUAUUUAUGAAAAUGUGGUAGAUAUUUUUAAAAUGCAACUAAUAAGGUCCUAACAUUUUUGUUAAUAUUUAAUAAAAUGAAAAUGUAUUUUAUAAACUUUAUUUUUCGCUUAGAGAUCAGGUUUGAUAUUAUAUGACAUGAGUCAUGCUCAAUUAAUGGGACAUUCGUUAUUUUUAUUAUUUUUUAAGAACUAUAGUGUUAAUUCAUUUAGUAAUUAAAUUUGACAUGAAAUAUCAUAAUUUUAAGAAGCAGGAUUUAUAUACUUACACUAUUUUUAUAUUGCCUUAUUCAAUUAAUCGGGCUUGGAAUUUAUUAGAACUGUAGCUUUUGUACGUAUACAUCUAGAAAUAUUAAUAUAAAGUAACUAUGUGUUGUCAAUUCCUGUGUCCUUGAAAUAAUAUUUGUGCAAUUAACGAAUCAUCUUCCACUUUAAUAAGUGCGAUACACACCAAGAUUUAAAUUUUAUUGUUUUAUAUGUUCAUUGAACAGUGGAUAUAUGUUCUACAUUGUUUUUGUAUAUUUUUGCUUGACAUGCAAAAAUCCUAUUAGUAAAGAGUAAAGCUGUAUUGAGAACUCAAAUUACAGUAACAAUUUUUAACUAAGUGGAAAAUGAACAUUGUUGGUUUAUUUAAAUUUUAAAAUUACUAUAGUUACCGUUUAGUUGAGUCUAAAUAAAAUUGAAGUUGUUUUCUGUCUUUACAAUAUGGUUAAGAUAAAAACAAUCUUUUCAAAAAUGUAAUAUAUGUGUACAAAUGCGGCGAUGGGUAGAAGUAAUGAAUUUGCAUUCAGUAAAACCAUGUAAUUAGUUUAAUAAAUCUAUAAGUUCUUUAGGAAAA